CAAAAACAUCUCGUCGCGUCGUGGGGAGUAAGAAAAGUUGUUGGGAAAAGCAAAUUAAAAAUGAAGUCAGCUCUCUUGGUGUUAGUUUGCCUGGCGGUGGCAUGUCAGGGACGUGUGCUGCAGGCGCCCAAGGAGGCAAUCGAUAUACCCGUUGAGAUCAUCAAGGAAUCAGAGCCACAGGCGUUGCCUUUGAUCAAGUCCGAGACGGAGACGAAGACGGAGAAAGAGACAGAGAAAGAGACGGAAACGAAAGUUCAGGUUGAGCAGAAGAAAUCUGUAGAGGAGCCAUUGGCAGUGGAAGCCAAGCCAGAGGCAAGAGAAGAAGCUAAAGAGUUGCUUAAAGAAGAAACUAAACUAGAAGCCAAGGAGCAGGCUAAGGAAGAAAUUAAGGAGCAGGCUAAGGAAGAAGUUAAGGAGGAAGCUAAGGUCGAGGCUAAGGAAGAACCUAAGCAAGAAGCUAAGCAAGCAGCCCAGCCCGAGGUUAAAGAAGCAGCUAAGCCAGAGGCCAGAAAAGAAGCUGAGCUUGAGCCUAAAGCAGAGACCAAGCCAGAGGAGCCACAAAUUGCCAAGGAACAGCAGCCAGAGCCAGAGAAACAGACGGAAACGGAGACCAAGUCCGAGUUGAAGCCACAAUUGGAAGCCGAGUCACAGCCACAGCCCCUUCUGAAGUCCCUGCUCGCUGAAGAUGUAGUGCCAAGUGUUCCCGAGGUAGUUGCUCCCGUGGUAGCCGUUGUGCCCGAACAGGAAGUGGCUGAGGUGGAUGCAGUGCAGCCACAUGUGCGUCAAGCCACUCAGGCCACGCCCACACAGAGCUCGACGCAGCAGAACUUUGUGCAGCAACUGAUCCAGAACUCACCCAUUGGCCAAUUCCUGAGCCAGUUCAAUGGCCAGCCACAGCAGCAACAAACUCAACAGGUGGCUGCGGAUCAGCCAGCACCGGCGGCACCAACAGUUCCUGGUUUCCUUCAGCCUGCAGUGACCACGGUGCAAAAUGUGGUGAAUACCACAACUCAAGCAUUCCAGGGUAUUCAGCAGUUCGCCAACAAUCUGGGCACACAGUUCCAGAACACACUCUCCGGUUUAACUGGCCAGAAUGCACAGCCGACCACAGCACGUCCUCCAGGUCCCAUUCAAUCGUUUGUGAACAACGUGUUUGGCGGUGGCAACAAUGCCACAGCUGCCUCACCGCCACAACAGCAACAACAGCAGGGUCCGUUCCAGGGUAUCAUCAACUUUCUGGGCGGCAAUCGACCCACAAAUGCUCCAGCUGCUGCUCCAGCUGCUGCUCCAGCCCAAGCACCGACCAAGAAGCCAGGUGUCGAUGACAAGAUUGAGGAAUCUCAGGAGAUUGCUCAACAGCCGGCCGUAUCGGAGAAUGAGGUACGCAGCAGUGGCGAGACCAUUGAUGACUCCUUCGAGGAGGCAGUGCCCUCCAAUGAGGUGAUUGUCGUCAACGAUGAUGCCUCUGCCGCCGAUGUUGCCCCCGAUGUUGCACCCGAAGUUGCCGCUGACGAUGCCGUUGUGCCCAAGAACUCUGUCGAUUUAUCCUACAAUCAUUAAUAAGUGCAGACAUCUCAUCAUUUUGCAUCUCCGUCUGUCCAGGGACUCGACUCUCGUCUCCUGGCACAGAACUCGCAUUGACUGAAGCCAUUUUAUCGCCAUUUUUCGAUCGCCUUAAUGAAAACACUUAAGAGAGAGCUCGAAAAGCAAGAGAAAUACUUUCCAUAGUUGUUUAAGUGCAUGCAACAAACUAUUUAUUUCAUUUUCGCAGGAAUUUAUAUUUAAUAAUAAAAAAAAAAACACAUCAAUAUAAUUAAAAGAAA